CGCGGAGGAAGGAGGGGAGAACUGCGCCAUUUUAAGCUGGCCCUGUGCAGUCAGGCGGGCGACUCCAGUCCGGACUGGCAGGUCAAUUGGGACCGGGCAGUCCUGGAGGGCGGCGGUGAAACCGGACCGAGCGCCGGCGCGCAAGGCAGCGGCGGCGGCGGUGACGGCGGCGACGCCAUGUCGUCCACGUGGCGGGAGGACGACGAGGAGUUCAAGGUGGGAGGAGGAGGAGGAGGAGGAGGAGGAGGAAGAGGGCUGAGGGCCAAGCCGAGGUUCUCCUUCACCGAGGUCAAGCUGCUGCUGGAGGCGGUGAAGAGGAACCGAUACAUCAUCCUCAGGAAGUUCAACCAGGGAGUGUCGGCUGAAACCAAGAAGCAGACGUGGACUGAAAUCACCAACCAGAUCAACGGGCUGGGAGAGAAUCACAGAGAGGUGCGUCAGAUCAUGAAGAAGUGGGCCGACCUGAAGUGUGACGGGAAGCGUCGCAUCGCGGCGCUGCGAGGCCCCAACGGCAGCAACCUGAGGAAGAAGAGGCUCGGCCCGGUGGAGAGGAUGGUCCACAAGAUCCUGAUGAUGAGCCCCCGAGGAGACGGCGACAGCGACCUGGACCUGGGCGAGGACGACGACGGCGGCUCGGCUCUGGGCGCCAAAGGCUCGUCCUCCAACCCGCUGGCCUACUCCUACCUCAGCCUCGCCGACGGCUCCCCGCCGGGCGGAGCCUCCUACGACAUCUCGCCGCUCUCCUCGCCGGAGAAGGACCUCGGCGGCGAUCCGUUUCAUUCCUCGUCCGACUUCGACCAGGCUGAAGACGGAGAACAAAACCUGGACUUCGACGAGACCGACGACUCCAUGUUCUCCUCGUACCCGCCGUCGCUGCCGCCGCCCUCCUCCACCUCCCUGGACCCGCUGCCGGACGACGCCCUGCUGAGGGUCAAGCCGCUCCACACCUACUCCAGGAACAGCAGCCAGGGCCAGAACCCCGCUCCCAACCAGAACUCCUCUUCCAAACCUGAGCCAUCCGAACCAGCUCCUCCGGCUCCGUCGCAGUCCCCCACCGGCUCGGCUCCUCCUCCUGCUGCUCCUCCUCCUCCUGCUGGGUCCUCCUCCAGCGACGCUACCUCCUCCGAUCCAGCGCCUUCCUCCGUCCCCCCGCCUCCCGCUCCCCCUGCCCCGGGCCCGGCGGACCCCCUCCCGGCCGGGGCGUCCUCGCGCAGGUCGCGGGACCAGGUGGCCCAGCUGGCCACCCAGAGCCUGCAGCAGCAGCGGGCCAGCCGGAUGCUGCUGACGUCGGUGUCCCGGUCCCUGGAGGUUCUGGCCCAGUCGGUGCAGCUGCUGGUGGAGAGCCAGCAGGAGUUCGUGCAGGAGUCUCUGCUGCUGCAGCGCGAGACUGUGGACGUGCUGCGGGACUUCUCCAACACGGCGCUCACCAUGCUGAGGGACAAGGCCAACAGCGGACACCUGGUGGCGCACCACCCGCCCCGCUGAGUCCUCGGCCAAUCAGAGGACGGCCACCGCUGCUUUCUCUUCCUGGACCCGAAGCACACAGACGAUGAUCUCACACUGAAUCCUGCUUUCUGAAGAGCUGCUGACGUUUAGUUUUAGACUUUAAAAACACUCAGCUGACCGGACCGGCGCCGAGACGAAGACACACUAACGAGGCCGGGGCUCGGUCAGGUUCUGGUCUAACUGAACGGACUCGACGUGACUGUUUAGCGCCGAUCCUGGAGCUGAUCCUGGAGCUGAUCCAGUCUGUGAUGCGACGGCCGCUCUGGCAGAUCUAGAAUAAAAACUCUAACCCGUGUUCUGUUGGACUCGCUGCUGCUUCAGUCGGAGUUUGCAUCAUUUGUGGUUUUUUUUUUAAGUUUGAUUUCAGGAACAAACGUUUGUCUUGUUUGAUCUGAAAUAAAGAAUCGGUUUCAUCUUUUAA